AUGAAUGCUUCAAAGCGAACUUCACAACAAAGAAGAACAAGAGCCAAUGUGGUGAGAAAUGUGGUGAGAGGAAAUGAAAAAAAUCCAUGGAACAACAAAGAAACCGUCCUGGAAAGAAUUAAAGAGCUGGUGGUGGCGCGGAAACCCAACCAAUGGGAGGAAAUCGAAGAUUUUCUCAAAUUCAUGACAAAUGAUGAGUCAAAUGGAUUGGACAAUACGGACGAUGAAGAAAACACAUAUUGUUUUCUUUUUGACAAUAUUCAAGAGGAAGCAGAAGAAGUUCCGGAGAAGAAAGCAAAAGCAGCUCCAGAGGAGCUCACUUCGAUUGAACUGGACUUACUGAAAAUGUAUGUCCACUUCACACCGGACGCUGGUCCAAUUGGUGAUGUUCGGAAAAAUUUCAAGAGAAGAGGAGCUCUUCAAUGCUUUCUUGAAAUCUUUGAAGACUGCCCAACACUGGAAGGAGAACAAGAAAAACUCUUGUUUUUCCCGUUUUUCUUAUGGACAAAUGGCCAUCAGAAUCUAUCUCUUGAAGUUUUCCAAGACAUGCUGACAAACAAAGGUCGGCUGAAAAACUGUCCUUUAAUUGUUCAUUCUGUUGAAAUCUACUUGCAAAGGAACAACUGCCUUCCUCAAUCGAACCGGCCUUGGAUCCCUUCGAAAGAUUCGAAGGGAAACGACAUAUUUUUCUGGCUCAAUAAAAAGUAUGUCGCAAUGUUUACAAAAUUGGAAUCUGGAAGAUGUCUCUAUCAGCUUCUCAAAGAGGAAUUUGGAGGGAGAACACCAAAGAAGGCGGAGAUUGAGUUUUGGGCAACCAUCCCACUAAUCGAAGAAUUUCACCACGUUCUCUACUCGAGAAUAUCAAGAUCAAAUGUGAAUGCUCAACUGUGGGCAGAAUGGGAGAAAGAGGCAAAUCUGCUGCUGGAGAAAUAUGGACCAAUAAAAUGUAAAAAAUGUCAAAAACCAAUGGGUGUGUUUGGCGCAAUUCAUGCUGCUCUCUAUUGGCUGCCGGUUCUGUACAAAAGCCAGUCAAUCGAUGUAGAAAAUGAAGCGUGCUGCUGGGAUUGCUCUUCUUUCUCCGAUAAGAUGUACAACGCCAAACUCAUAAAAAACGUUUUGAACACAGAAUCGUGGAAACCAAAAUAUCUAAUGGAGCAAUUGAACGAAGGUAUUGCGCCGAAUGUUGAAAACAAUUCAGUUAUGGAAGUUAAUCUCACCAAUGAUGUCGCUUCGUCAUCUACGGAUUUGAGCUCUAACCUAAAUGAGAUUGUUCAGCAGGAAGAAGAUUGUACCAGUGACAAUGCAACGGAAAAAACGCAAAGGAACAACCCUCAAAUUGGACAGCCAUCAGAGAAAAUAACCACACCAUUGGAACAUAAAUCGGCUCGUUCAGAUUUGAAAAGAAAAGGUCCAACGAAACGUCGCCGUUACAGUCCGAUAGAACACAAACGAACGAGAAAAUCAAAAAGAAUAGAGGAUAACAGAAUCAGCAGUGUGAAUGAUGGUCCAUGUUCAAGUGGACCCAGUGAAUCUCAAACGGAACCUAUCAUUUCUCUAAUUGAGAAUAAGAACAGGCGGAUGAAGUCCGGUGAAGUUCAUCAAGCAAAAGGCCGCAAAAGAAUUUUUAGAAGUGAAAAGGAUUCCGGCAAUCAGUUACCAGUCUUGUGCAAAACGCCUGUUAACUUUGAUGACGGCUCCAUGGCUGGAUCAUCAAAUAGUGGAUAUUGUUUGGAUGAAGUGAAGCCAACUCAAAACAUGAAAACGUCGACAGACGAGGAAGAGGAAGAAGUUGCAGAACCAAAGGAUGACAUUGAGAAAGAGAAAGAAGUGCAGGAAAAUAAGUCUAUUAUUCCUUUACCUAACAUGGAACGCAGUUCAACGUCAUCUCUAACUUCUUCCGUCGAAGAUGUCAAAUAUGACGAUCAUGAAGGAGAUUUGAACAAAGAGGGUGUCAAUCCAAAGAAAUUGAUAGGUAUCACGAGUGUGGACCCACCCACUAAAGUGGGAACUCAGCCAGCGAAUGGUGAAUCUGUUGUAGGUGGAGAUUUAACAAAAGUGAGGGAGGAAGAUGUUGAAGACAAAAGUGAAACAAAAUCGGAUAUGCCAAACACUGCCAGUCCCGCUUCUCUUCAGCAUCCUGUAGACUCUGUGCAAUCGGACCCUGUGGUCAAGGAAAAAAUGAAUCCUGAGCAUUAUCGGCUUUCUGACAGUUUCUCCAAUCCAGAGUCUUUGAGAAGUGUUGGAAACACUUUGAUGAAAAAUACCUCCUUAUCUCCACCAGAUGUGGCGUUACGAAUCCAACCGACCGAACAUCUAGAGCAUCAGCUACUCUUACCACAAAUUCUCAACCCGGAAGUACGAGUUCCGAUAUCAAAGUCUGAUGAAAUGUUCUCAGUUAAUACUGGAGCAUCUUCAAACGAUGCAAUAAGUCAAGAUAGCAGCAACAUUGCCAAUCAAGUUGAGGACCCAGUGAAAACAUUGAAAAAUAAUUCAGUAGGAGAGAACGAGAAAAAAGAACAUGCAACUCUAAAUGACAUGUCCUCACAAUCAUCACCAGUGUAUCCACACGAGUCUCCACUUCUUGGUGGUCAGCGCACGUUUGUUACGCACGAAGAAAAUGGAAAAAAGCUAAAAUGUUUUACUAUUAACUAUAUUCUUUCUAUUGGAACAUCCCAAAGUAACUCGGAUGUGGAACGUGGCGCAAACCUUGAGUUCGACCAAGGUCCUCUAUCAGGUUUGCACAAUGAGAUUGUUUCUGAUCAUGAAGCGUAUUUAGGAGAUGAAGACGACCACCAGAAUGCUGCCGAUGCGCCCUGCGUGGAUCCCAAUGUUUUACAAGGUUCUACACCAUCCGAUCAAUUUUCUGUAUCCACAAAAAAGUCUGCAGACGGAUAUUCUCUCAAUGAUACUAUUCCGGGAGCACAUGAUACUGCUUUGAAAGCUGUUCGAAGCGAAAAUGACAUUUCCAGCUUUCCCAGGACCAGUUCUCAUUCUGAUUCAAAUAAAGAUGAGGAAGAAAUCAGCGACAAUGAAGACGCAUACUUUGAUACGAAAUCAAAUGUGGAUGAUGUACCGAUGGGAGAUGUUGAACCAAUGGCUACAGAAACAGCUACAACAAAAGGCUUAACUGUAGCAAUAACUGAUGAUGUAAAAUGUUCGUUCGGUAAACAAAAUACACUUGAUGAAACAAAGUUGAUAGAGGAGCCGGAGAAAGAAAUAGCAAAAGAAAUGCAGUUUUCUGAACAUGGCAGCACCCAGAAAAAUGUUGAUGAUGAUGCCGACGGAGAUGAUAACAAUGAUGGAGAGGACGAUAGUGAUGGCGAUGAUAGAAGUUUAAAAUCAGUUGCAAGCAGCGGAAAACAAAGUGGAGAAGGUUUAACACCACUUCUCUGUGGACGUGAAAUCAGAUAUGACGAGAAGGAGUCCGUUGACAGGGAUGAUGAAGAUAACCUCAUGGAAGAAUCUUCAGAUGAUGAUGAAAUUGAUAGUAUACCAAGCGUGAGAAUACAAAAUUCAGGAAGCAGAGAUAAUGAGAACGAGCCUGCUACUGAUGAAGAUGAACUUGGAGAUGAUGACUUCAUUGAUAAUGCAGGAAGUGUGAGCGUACAAACUCCCGGUACUGAAGGUGAUGAGAAGGAGUCCAUUGACCGUGAUGAUGAAGAAAACAUCAUUCAAGAAUCCCCAGAUGAUGAUGGAAUUGACAAUACAGCAAGUGCGAGCACUCAAAAUCCUGGAAAAAGAGUUAAUGAGAACGAGCUUGUUAACCGCAAAGAUGAAGAUGAACUUGUGGAAUCUCCAGAUGAUGUCGUGGACAAUGCGCCAAGCGUGAACAUACAAACUCCUGAGAGCGGAGGUGAUGAGAAGGAUGCUGUUGGCAGUGGUGAUGAAAAGAUACUCAUCGGAAAAUCUCCAGAUGAUGUCCUAAACAAUCCAGAUUGCGUGAGCAUGCAAAGUCCAAAAAACACAAAUGACGAGAAGGAGCCCGUGGAUAGUGAAGAUAAAGAGAACCUUAUCGGAGAAUCUCUAGAAAAUGAUGUCAUUGACAAUUCAGCAAGCGUGAGUAUACAAAAUGUUGAAAGCACUUCUACUGUUUAUGGUAUUUCUUCUCCUGAGAACGAAGCCGACAAGGAUUCAUCAGCCGUCUGUUUGGGAAAAAAUGAAGAUAUCUCUUCUCAUUCUUCUAAUAAUCAAUGCGACGACAUUGAGGAAGAUGACGAAGAAGAGAAAAAUCUUGAGCCCACAAAGUUCGAUGAGAGCAACGAGAAAGAGUCAGAUAUUGCUGAAAGUAGCGAUGAUGAACGAGAUGAAUCAGAUUCAAUUUCUGACUCUGAAGAAGUCGCUGAUGAGGGAGAAGAGGAAAGUGAAGAAAGAAUGUUCGAUGAUUCCUAUAUUCCUGGCUCUUCCAUCGAGUAUCUUGACGCCCGAACAUCACCUGUUGAUGAUAUUGAAACGAUCAAAUGUGCUGGCGACAUUCCGGAAGGCCAUGUACACGGAACUCUGAAACUGGAACAGGAUUCUUCCCGUGCUGACAUCAUUGAAAUAAAUAAAGUCAUGUCAACAUCCGGCUACACAAUGUGUGGUACUCCUGUGAAUACUUGUGAACACAUUGUGACUAGAGAUUAUGAUGAACCUUUUCAACGGUGCACUACUAAUAUUAAGGAAGACACUUAUGGUGACUUAACUAAAGCGAAACACUCAAUGGCUGAAAGGACAGAAGAUUUCUCCCCGGAGACCCCUGAAGACAAUCGUGAAAGUUCAGAUGAAAACAAAAACAAAAGCAAAGGAUCAUUUGACUCUCCGAUUGUUUCACCUCCAGUUGAAUUAGGUAAUACUGGUCAAGAAUACCGAGCGGAAAAUCCAGUUGCUUUCUCGGUUGAUGAUUCAAAAAGAAUGAACGAACCAGAAGAACCAGAAUCUAUGGCUAUCGAUGACACAGAAGAACAAGAAACGAAACCUGAAUACAACCUGGAAAUAGACAACGUUUUCAGUUCAACUCCAGGAAAUAUCUCCUCAGGAAAUUCUUCUGCGCUUCUGAUCCCGUCCGUAACCAUUGAAACAAUUGUAGAUGAAAGUGAUGCUGAAGCUUCAAGGAGCAAGAAACGUGAAGAAAGUCAAAUGAUGUAUUAUGAGGAGAACGAAAAUCAGGGAUCUACUGAAAGCCAAUAUAAAGGAAACAAAACAAACAUUCCUGCCGAGCACCAAAAGGGAGAAUCUUCUUUCCAAGAUGAGAAGAAUCUUGAAACAUCCGAUCCUACUGAUUUCCCAACAACAAAAAGGGUUGAGGAACUGACACAAGUUCAACAUUCAAUUACUAAUAGAGAAGAUCAGAGUCUAGAAGAAUAUGAAUUAAAUCAGGCAGAAAAAGUGGCGCAAUCUCACAGAAAUAUAGCAAAACCUGAUGAAGACGAAUCAAGUUUGUGGAAUUUUGGAAGAGAAACAACUCGAUGUUUGGAAAAAUAUCAAGGCGAUGAGCACGAUCAAAGCUGUCCAGAUGAAGCGAAAGAUAGUGAUGCUCCGAAUUUAGACAACAUGAAUAAAGGAAGCUUAUUCACUGUCAAAGAAAAUCAGAGCGGCCAGUUGCCUGGAAUUUCAAAUUCAGCUAAGCAAAAUAUGAUAGAUCAUUUUUCUGCACCUCGCAAAGUGUCAGUCAAAAAUCUAUUCGAACACCAACAUCCGGAGAAAUGUCAUCUUCUCGGUGCUUACAUGGAAAAAAUGGAAAAAGAUGUGGAAAACUUCAUGAAACAAGCUGUAAAAGAUACUGAUGUGCUACAUUAUACAACAAUUCCUCUAACUGAAACGACCGAAUAUUUGAAAAGCUACAACAAAAAGGAUGUCGAAACGUUAUAUACUAAAAUGGUAAUGGAAAAGGAGAAAGUCUACAAUAAUCUGUACAGCUAUAAUCUGUCGGUGCACCAAUCAAUGGAAUUUGACUUAAAAGAAGAUAUUGAAGCAAUUAUAGCACAGAAUCUAGUUCGUGACGCUAUGCUCAAAUCGUUCAGGGAUAAAAACACAGAAUAUAGUAAAAAGAUCGAAGAAUUGAAUUCGAAAUGCUGUAAAAAAAUCGAAACUGUCCGUCUUAUAUGGAAUUUUAGAACUAUUGGCCUUUUUGGAAAAAUGACGGCAGAUAACAACGAAAUCUUUUACCUAAGUGGAGAUAAAGAUGGAUUGGAUUCCAGCAGUCAAACCGAGGAAAUCUAUGAAAAGCUGAAAAUUAAUCAAUCUUAUUUAAAAACGCUGAUGGAAGAAAUCUGUGAACAAAACGGAAUACCUUUUGCAUUAGUGUUGUCAGAAGAACCAACCAAAUCUGUUCAAGACGAAGCCACUGGUACUUUUAUUGAGCCGUCUAGUCUAUCUCAGCAAGUCUUGCCAAACAAUGACUUUCAAAGAUCUACUUCUACAGUAACACAGCCCAAGUGUUUGGACGGAGUGUCGCAACAACAAUAUUUAAUUGAUCAUUUUCCAAUCGCAGAUCUGGAUCAAUUUUGGUUGGAUUGUGAUCAGAAUAGGAAAUCAACUGGUUCAAGUGAAAUGCCUAAUCUUUAUGGAAAUAGUGACGAUAUGACUUCAAUGCCAGGAUGGUUAUCAGGCCCGCAGCAAAAUGUCUGGACACCAACUCCGCUUGUUCUAAAUCGUCAUCUUCCACGAGGUUCUCAGCUGAAUGUAACCCCACCUGAAAUCCUUCAACAAAACUUGGAAUUUCUUCCACACAACAGCACCCAGGAUGGUCCAGCUCUCCAGAAUAAUGCUGCUGCCGUCCAACAGCAGACUUGGACACUACCAACACAAGUUCCGCCCUGCCAUCCUAUGAAUGCUGUACCUGGGCCGGCGCCUGUAGCAAAUCCUUCCCAAGUUAAUUCUUUCUCUAGAGCACUUGAACACGGCCCUGUUCAAAAUUUCGAAAACAACAUGGUUGUCAUGCCCAUGCAAGGAAUUCCGCAAAACCCCUUGGGACCGUCACCUCUACAACAUGCACCUGGUUUUGUUCACAAUCUCAUUGUUGCACAACACCACGUAUUCAAUAAUUCUGCUCCAAACCAUCACGGAUUUCCUCCUAUGGAUCAGAACAACAUGGGUGCACAUCAAAGAUCUUUCUAUGAUUCUCAGCCUGGUUCAUCAAACCAAACUGCGCAGCUUCCUGUUAAUCCUCAGCUUGAGCAACAACAUACAAAUCCACAUUUUCCGCAACAGGCCCGGCAAUACCGACAUGAUCAAAUGGGCCAACAACAGCAAACACUCCCUGUACAUCCCGAUCAUGUUUGUAGAGCAGAAGUUGUUCAAGGACCGGUGCUAGACGAGCAGCAACAAAGAUAUCAUCAGAAUCAUCAGAAUCAUCAGCAACAGCUUCAGUUGCAACAAGAGUUGCAAAUACGUCAUUGUCAUCAUAGAUUGCAUCCGGAACAACAUCGUCAACAAGGCAAUUGGGAACAAAUUCGAAGGGAGCCAGUGGGAGCGCCGGUGCAACAAGUUCAGCAAAGCAGUCAAGUUCAUCAAUGGAUGCUGCAACAUCCAGCCAAUCAACAACAACCGCAACGUCCAGAUGCAACACAUGAACAUGAUGAUGAAAUUCAGAUUAUAGGGGAGCGCCGUGUACAAUUUCCGCCGAUUCAACUGCAUUUACAUUAUCAAAAUCAUAAUCAACAAAUGAUGAAUCCGCAAUGGCAACUAAUGGUUCAAAAUAUGGAUGAUCAUCUAAACGGAUUCAUGAAUCCAGAGCAGGUAAACAUAAAAAAUCAUACAUAG